AAACAGGAGGCGUCAUUCCAAACCAACAGAUGGCGCCGGUGUUUGUGAAGCUGCUCUGUUUCCCACAGUUUCCCUGUAGAAGAAGCGGUUUGUCAGUCGCCCAGUCUCCCCCCGAUAGACCUCUCAGCAAGGUGUCUGCCUGGCCACGGCCGUCGUACGCGGCAAGCCUGCCCCCCGAGGACACCCACCCUGCCCCCCGGUCCCUCGACCAAACUUUUUCCCCCCCGGUGAUACCAGUCCGCUGUUCUUCGGCCAUGGCGACGAGCGCGAAGCGAAAGCAGGAGGAGACUCAUCUGAAGAUGCUCCGGGAAAUGACUAGCCUGCCCGCGAAUAGGAAAUGCUUCGACUGCGACCAGCGCGGCCCGACCUAUGUCAACAUGACAGUGGGCUCCUUCGUCUGUACCACCUGCUCUGGGAUCUUGCGAGGACUGAAUCCCCCACACAGAGUGAAGUCCAUCUCUAUGACCACAUUCACACAGCAGGAAAUUGAGUUCCUACAGAAACACAGCAAUGAGGUCUGUAAACACAUCUGGUUGGGCCUCUAUGACGACAGGACAUCAGUUGUUCCAGAUUUCCGAGAACCACAGAAAGUAAAAGAGUUCCUUCAGGAAAAAUACGAAAAGAAAAGAUGGUAUGUUCCUCCAGACCAGGCAAGGGCAGUAGCGAGUGUCCAGGCCUCUGUGUCCGGCUCCUCAGCCAGCAGCACUGGCAGCACCCCAGAAGUGCAACCCCUCAAAACCUUGCAGCUCAACAAAACCCCUCUGCGCCAGUCUCCAGGGCUAGGUCGUUCGCAGGCCCACAGCGCUGCUCAGGAGAAGAAAUUUGACUUGCUCUCAGACCUGGGAGGAGACAUCUUUGCUGCUCCACCCACUCAAACUGCCAGCUCUUCCAACUUUGCCAACUUUGCACAUUUUCCAAGCCAAUCGGCACCUCAGGGUAAUUCAAACACCAACUUUGCCAACUUUGAGGCAUUUGGAAACACUGCAAUUCCAUCCCAUCUGAGCACGUCACCCCCCUCAAAGUCCUUUUCAUCAGGGGGAGGUGUGCCAAUUCCGUCAAUGUCUAGUGCCGUCCCUGCCCAGUCCCAGACAGGGAGCCGCACAGAGGAUCGCUAUGCUGCUCUGGCUGAGUUAGACAACGAGCUCAGCUCUUCUGCCUCCACAGGCAGCAAUGUGCAAGGGAACCUAUUUGGACCAGUACUUGGUUCAUCGCCAGCCCAGAAUCCACCUGUGUUACCCAGCAUGCAGCCUGGCUUUGGAGCCGUCCCAUCCACAAAUCCCUUUGUUGCUGCAGCUGUUGCCCCGGAGAUGGCCACCAACCCUUUCCAGACCAAUGGCAGAGCUCCAGCUGCAGCCUCGUUCGGUACUGGCUCUAUGAGCAUGCCUGCCGGCUUUGGGAAUGCAUCUUCCUACUGCCUCCCGACCAGUUUCAGCGGAAACUUCCAGCAGCAAUUCCCUGGCCAGGCCCCCAUCCCUUACGCUCAGCCUGGGGCCUACCACCCUCAGUCUAAUGGCCCUGCAUUCCCAGUCUACAGUCAGAACAAGCCCUCCAUGACGCCCUUUGGGCAGCCCAUGGCUGGCCCUGGCAUGUCCAAUAACCCAUUCAUGGCAGGAGCCCCAGCUGGCUCAUUCCCUUCAGGGGGUUCAUCCACCAACCCUUUCCUGUAGCACAGCUCCACGUACUCGUCAGCAGAGGGCAGCAUGCAGCACAUACUCAACGCACCCGUUCCGUCACACAAUUAGUGGCAGUACAUUUCUUAAAAAAGACUUCUUUUUUUUUUUUUCAUAAAAAAAGUUUACAACACUAUGAAGGAGUACAAAGGACUAUAUUGAAGACUAAGGGACUGUUAUUGGGGGUGUACUGUUUGGACUAUAUACAAUACAUUAUAUGCUUUUUAUUUUUUGUUUAUGACUGUAAGCUCUGUGCAUAUCAUUUGUAAUCGAAAUUAAGUACAUGUUAUGUAUAACAAGGACUGAGUUAACACACACCUUGUGGAAAAAAACCACUACAAACUAUCUACGUAAGUAAGGGUAUACACUUUUAAGAUUAUUAACAGGGUUCCAUCCAAAUCCAUGAUCUAUGGUUUGAAGCAGCCAUGGUGAUGCAGGUAUUUCGUUUUCAAAAGGGAUUUCUAUUUGUUAUUUUAGCAUAAUUGCUACUAUACUGGCAUUAAGAUGCAAAAUGUCCUUUAUUAACUUACGGAUCCAGAGUGCUUUUCCUAAGAGUCUGAAGUUGCCUAUAAUCCAAAGCAACCAAACCCUCGUCUGUUUAAAUUAGAACAACAUCCCAAGCAGGUGGAUGAGACACAGCAUUGAUCCUGGACUAUUAGUUAUUGUUUUAAAUAUUGAUGAAAUUGAGAAUAAAGGGGCAGCUUUCUCAUUAUAAGGCUAGCAGAGACUUCAGAUGCUUUGUCCCAGCUGGUAAAGGGGCAGGCAUGUUUAUUAGAGCACAAAUGGAGUACUGAGACAAGAAGUGCAGGCGAUGAGUAUUUCUUUGUCCUGUUACCCUGCUUAAACUAUAAAACAAUGAUAAAAUAGUUCAGUACACUCAGUAACCUCUCUGCUGCUGGUUGUAGAUGUCAGAGGAGCAAAUAGCAGACGUUCACUACAUUUCAUGAGUUUGGUAAAGACAAAGGGAAAGAUUGUUAGGAAAGCUUCAGAGUUGUGGGUGUGAUCCAAAUUGGGUUACUUCAAAACAAAGUGUUGUUUUCAUAGGUUUCAGGUGACUUGUCCUAUUGACAGGGAAUGACUGGUUUACCAGACCCGGCCCAGACAAAAAAAUUUAUAACACUUGAAAACAAAAUACUUAGGAAAUGUUAGUUACAUUGUAUUCACUACACUCCCUUGAUAUCUGUCUUCUUCUUUGCCUUGUGAUUGAAACGCCUUUUGGAGAGAAAAACAGGAUGAGGAGAAAUAUUGAACUCCCUUCAGUUUGCUUUAAAAUAAGGCAAAGGAAAGGAUCAGAUUAAUUUAUGGAUGAUUACAUUCUUGGAUCCACCUCUGACUCUGGAGAAGUAGGGUCUUAAUUGUGCCACCAAUGACUAACAAUGAAUUUGACUAUGUGUUUCUUGUCUUUACAAGAAUAGGUAAGUAAAUGUGUACAUAUAUAAAUAUAUGUAUAAAUAAAUUAAAAGAUUUUUAACUACAA